UUCUCUUUAAGGUGUUAAAGAUGGUGCAGUCUAGGCCUUCUCAUCUUCUUGCCCUAACCCUAACCCUAACCCUAAUAUCCUCCUUCUUCCUAGGAUCAAGAGCUCAACUUAGCUCCACCUUUUAUGACAGCACUUGUUCUAAUGUAUCAACCAUAGUGAGAAACAUCGUUCAACAAGCUCAGUCAUCUGAUCCGCGAAUCGUCGCCAGUCUUACUCGCCUCCAUUUUCAUGACUGCUUUGUCAAUGGAUGUGAUGGAUCAUUGUUGUUGGAUGAUAGCUCAAGUAUACAGAGUGAGAAAGGUGCAGCUCCUAAUAAUAAUUCAGCUCGAGGUUUCGAUGUCGUCGAUAACAUUAAAACUGCAGUGGAGAGUGCUUGCCCUGGUGUUGUAUCUUGUGCUGAUAUUCUUGCCCUUGCUGCUGAAGCUUCUGUUAACUUGGCAGGAGGUCCUACAUGGACAGUGCUAUUAGGAAGAAGAGAUGGCACCACUGCAAGCUUUUCCGGUGCAAACAACCUCCCUAGCCCAAGAGACCCUGUCUCCACUCUUCGGUCCAAGUUCUCCAACGUCGGCCUCAGCGAUACCGAUCUCGUCACCUUAUCUGGAGCUCACACAUUUGGAAGAGCAAAGUGCGCUUUUUUCAGUGACAGGCUCUACAACUUCAAUAACAGUGGCAGCCCAGACCCCAGCUUGAACACCACCUACCUUGCCACCCUUCAGCAAAACUGCCCACAAGGAGGAUCAGGAGACACACUCAACAACCUUGACCCCAGCUCUCCGGACACUUUUGACAAAAACUAUUAUACCAAUCUUCAGACCAACCGAGGCCUACUCCAGUCUGAUCAAGAGCUCACUAGUGACAGUUCUCUUGCUUCCACUGUUAAUAGCUUUGCCAGCAGUCAAAGCACAUUCUUUCAGAACUUUGGUUCAUCCAUGGUGAACAUGGGGAAUAUCAGUCCUUUGACUGGGUCAAAUGGACAGAUUAGAAGCAAUUGCAGGAAGGUUAAUGGAAGCUAGUCAAGUCACAUCAAACUGAUGAUGAUGAUGAUAUGUCACUUAGUCGUUUUAUGUACUGUUCAUGCGUGCGCCAAGUGCAUGCAUGAAUGUUUCCUUAAGUUGUAAUGUAUUUGAUUUGGUUCUGUUUGUGUUUUGUGUUAUUCAACAAGAAAGAAUAAAGGCUU